AUGAAAUGGGUCAAAAGGCUCGAUGCGGAUCCUGGAAAGUUCCUGGAAGCGUUCUCCGACAAGGAGCUGGCCAUGCUGCUGAUCCCAACCACAAGAAUUAUCGUUACAUGCUCAUUGGCGCCUACACGAUGCCAAGACUACCACAAGCAAAAGGAGCCAGUGAACCACAUGUACCACAAGCCGAAGGACCCAGUGAACCACAUGUACCACAAGCCGAAGGACCCAGUGAACCACAUGUACCACAAGCCGAAGGACCCAGUGAACCACAUGUACCACAAGCCGAAGGACCCAGUGAACCACAUGUACCACAAGCCGAAGGACCCAGUGAACCACAUGUACCACAAGCCGAAGGACCCAGUGAACCACAUGUACCACAAGCCGAAGGAGCCAGUGAACCACAUGUACCACAAGCCAGCGAAUCUCGUGAUCCACGUGCAGAUUCCUUCUUGGGUGAUCCUACUAUGGAGGGAUUUAUGUUUGACCCGCUUAUCGAGAUGGCUGGUUGCGAUGUUGAAGGGAAUGAUGGCGUUCCACAUCCUUUGGAAGAGGUACCAGAACGGCGGCUACGAGGCAACCUUGCGGGUUGGUCACGAGCUGGACUUCCAGACGGUCUACGUUGUCAGACCUUUGCGGAGCAGGACGUCGGCUGAAGUAACGGCUGCCGUACAAGAGACGGUGCUGAAGCUGAAGGCGGAAGGUCUCCACAUCUCUAGGAUACAUGCGGAUCGGGCACGCGAGCUGCGUGUUCAAUCGAUCCGUGCCUGGGCCCUACAAAGGGGAAUCUUCUGCACGUUUACAGAAGGACAAGCGCCUCAAUCCAAUGGGCGCGCAGAAGCGGCAGUCAAGUGGGUGAAGGCGGCGGUGAAGCGCUUGUUGAUUGCCACCGAUCUCCCUAAGGACACUUGGGCUGUGGCGGCGAACUACGCGGUUCAACAGAGGAUGGAUCGUCUGCUACAACAAUCGUCGUCAAUGUUGCCGUUUGGGACCAAGGUUCACAUCAGAUCUAAGGUCUACGGCACUGGGGGAAAGUACGAUUUGGACUCGAGGUGGAAAGGAGGCACGUAUGUUGGCCCCAGCUUGGACGUCAGAGGAGGACACCUGAUAAGGUUUGAGAACGGUGCCUACAUGACCUCCACCCACUUGAGACCACAUUUGGUUGAGCCGGACAAGAUUGUGGACCUCGAGGAGUACGAAGUGUUACUGCCGGCGCCUACCAGAAGACUGAAGGGCAAGACUGGAGCAGUUGUUAAAGAAGAUGAGAGUGGUGAUGCUGAGGAGUCCUUCCCACAUGAUCCAGAUCAUCCUGCUGAGUGCUAUGCCCUGAGAUUGCUUGAGGAGGAGGCGUUUGUGAAGUAUGUCAAACAGCUGAAGCCGGACCACAAGUUCAAUGCAAUUGCUGUAAUCACAGAUGUGGAAACGAAGCAGCAUAUUGAUGCACACAAUGUGGGGGAGAACUUAGUGGCUGGAUUAUCGUACUUCAAGGGUGGCGCUUUGGAAAUCGAGGAACCUACUGGUGUUAAGGUGCUCCCACUGGAUGGCGAUGUACCCUUUCAGGUGUUUGAUCCCAAACACCGCCAUUCGACGAGGUCGUGGUACGGAGGGUCUCGAGUUGUUUUGGUCGCGUACUCUGUGAGAGACAGCGCAAAGCUGAAGGACCAUCAAGUCGAUCUACUACAUGAAAUGGGAUUUGAUUGGGAACCUCACUUGUCGAAGCCUCCUGAGGGAUUAGCGGAAGUAAAGGCACUCAAAGCACUGAGGGUUGGUCUCAUGAACGCCUCUAAAGAAUGUGGAGUUCCAGAACAACAUCGAGAUUCCUCAGAACAUGGGGGUUUGAUUGAUAAAGAUGCUGAACAAGGAGUUCCAGAACAACCUCGAGAUUCCUCAGAACAUGGGGGUGGUGUAGAUAAAGUACAUCAUGGGGCACCAGAGAAGAAAGAUGCUUGGUCACACCUUCCGCAUGAUUUGGAGUUGGCCAUUGGAGACAUGGAGGACCGUGCAGCACGCCUACGGGAUCUACUUGAGGAGGAGGAGAUCCUGGCCGAGGAGUACCGGCGCAUGGGUGAAGAGACGCGAGAGAAUGUAGCAGAUGCGCGUGAUCAAGUGUGCGAGUUUCUUGAGUAUGUCCAUAAAGAGCUCAUGGGCUUGGAAAGGUUGAAGAGUAUGACAUGCUUGAAGGCGGCGAGGGCAUCACAGUCUGCUGAGGACCAGGGCGAGAUUGAUUAUGAGGCCCUCCUGGACAGCCUGGAGGAAGAUUUGAAGAUAGUCCACACGGUACCAACGGUUCAAGUUAAGCAGUACUUGAGUCGCUGGACUGAGGCAAUCAAGAAGGAAGUGGAAGCCCUUUUUUCCUCAGGUACCUUGCGGAAAGUCACGUUGGAGCAGGCGAAGAAGAUGGAGGCAGAAGGACUUGUGACGUUUGCUCCUGCGAAAUGUAUCUUCACUCUCAAGCCUCCUCAGGUUCAUGGCAGGAGAGUGAGGAGAAAAUGCCGUCUAGUGAUAUGCGGCAACUUUGUGAAGGACAACAUGGACUUUGGCGAUUUAUACGCCGCUGGCUCCUCGACAGACUCGCUCAGACUCACCCUUAUCGUCUCUUCUCUGAUGAACUGGUUUGGAGCUAUUUCAGACAUUACGGGAGCUUUCCUUUUGGCCACCUGGCCUCCCAACUUACCCAAAUAUGGGAUAUACCCUCCCAGACUGGUUCGAGAUUCGGGUGUUGCUGGACACGAAGCUUGGAUAGUAGAGCGACCGCUCUACGGAUUGAGAGAAAGUCCGAGGAUUUGGUGUGAUUACCGCAAUAGGAGACUACUGACUGCCCGUAUCCAGGUGAACGACUGUAUCGUUGUUCUACGACCUACCGUAUCGGAGCCUGAACUAUGGACCAUCAUCGAUGAGGUCACGGGGGUCUUGUAUGGGCUCAUGGUGCUUUACGUCGACGACAUUGCCUACUUCUCUACCAAAGUCAUUGUGAAUGCGGUUCACGCUUUUGUGGUUGAGGAGUGGCCAGCCUCACCGCUGGAAUGGAUAGGUGAUGGAGACCCUGUCCGUUACCUGGGAGUGGAGAUUAGGACUGAAGCCAGGACAAUGGACGAUGGGACAGCGAGGCGGGUGUUCACCAUUGGGCAAUCUGCUUAUGUGCGGGAUUUGCUUCGCUCGUAUGGAAUGGAGGAAUGUUUUACCACUCAGCUUCCAGUGCCUAAGGAUUGGGUUGAGCAAGCAGAGAACAACGACGAGCCGGAGGAGGACAUCACGGAGGAAGCGAUUAAAAAGGCGCAACGUGUUGUUGGCGAGCUCCUAUGGCUUUCAACAAAAACCCGCCCCGACUUGCUGUUCACCACCAACCACAUGGCGGCAAUGCUGGGACGGAAGCCAGACUAUGUCUAUAGAGUGGGGCAGCGUGUGAUGGCCUACCUCGCUGCCACGGUUGAUGUGCGUCUGACCUUGGGACCUACAGAGGAGGCUACGCAUGAACUGGUCUGCUAUACGGACGCGUCCUAUGCUCCGUAUGGGCGCAGGAGCUUUGGGGCAGCCGUUGUCGUCCUUGCCGGAUGUCCGUUGGCUUGGAAAGCUGGACGCCAAUCCUUUGUGACAAUGAGCGUUAUGGAAUCAGAGCUCUACGCUGCAACGCAGGGAUGCACGCUUUUGUGUUCGGUGCAUUCUUUGCUCAACGAGCUUUUUCCGCAACAGUACCAGAAGGUGUUGGCUAUCGAUAACACCAGCGCCGUAUCGAUGUGUCAGGGAGGCCACGGAUCACAACGUACACGCCACUUGAAGAUCCGGGCGAGCUACAUCCGGGAGAAUGUGGAGAAUGGCACUCUGAUUAUACGGCACACUCCAGGAGAGUUGCAGUUGGCAGAUUUAGCCACGAAGGCGCAACCGAAGCUACGACUUCAACGAUUGAUGCAGCUCUGGGGCUUUGUGGGGUUCGCAACUACUUGGGCUAAGGAGUUGAAGCUGAAGCUGAUGAUGGUUUUGGUCACCAUUGCCCAUUGCAUUUGCCCUACCAGAGCGGAGGAGGUCGGGAAGGAGCCCUUGCCGAAUGCCGGCCUUGAUGAGCUCCUGUUGGUUUGCUUUGUGACUGCUAUUCUGGCC